UCAGCUGCAGUCACCCUGGUCCUGCUCCUUCCUUUGCCACCAUGUCUCGGCAACUUAACAUGGACACAGUGCGGCAGAACUUCUGGAAGGAGGAGUAUCUGAGGGAGAAGAUGUUGCGCUGUGAAUGGCACCACAAGUAUGGGUCGAUGGUGAAGGCCAAGCAGAAGGCUAAGACUGCAGCCCACGAACCCCUCAAGCUGCCCACCCUGCCCCCCAAAGCCCCCCUCUCACCCCCGCCCGCCCCCAAAGCAGUUCCUUCCAAGGCCCCCAGCCCUGCCCUGGAGGUUCCUAUUCAGUCAGAAAUGUACCCAGUCCUGCCUGCCACCCGGGCCCUGCUGUAUGAAGGCAUCUCCCACGACUUUCAGGGCCGCUACCGCUACCUCAACACCCGAAAACUGGACAUGCCAGAGAGGCGCUACCUCUUCCCCAUCACCACCAACUUCACAUAUGGCUGGCAGCUGGGCCCCCCAGUGAAGCAAGAACUGGUCUCCUGCAAGAUGUGCCGCAUUGAAUCUUUCUUCCGCAAGAAUGGGGCCUUCGCACUGCUUGACCCCCAGGACCUGGCCCUCUGACCGUGGGCCAGGCAGU